ACUGACUGUUCUAGCUUUAUCAACAUGAUUUUGGCUUGUCUACUUACAUGUUUACUCCUAAUUUCUCUAAUAUUUUGGUUUGUGUACUGUGUAACAGGAUUAUUUGCUUAUGAAGAAGAACUUCCCUCCCCAGUUAGGUUGUUAUGGGCUGUGUCAAUCCCAUUUGUUGUUGCUGCAUGGGGUCUGAAAGGAAGGAGUGUUUCUUGGUCAGGUGCUGCUUCAGGAUUCGUAGUUGGCUUUCUCCUAACAGUUAGCAAUUACCAGUUCAUAGUUUGUUUGCUGGCUUUCUUUGUGUCAUCUUCCAAGGCAACGCGAUUUCGAUCUUGGCAAAAAAAAGAAAUUGACAGCGAAUUUAAGGAAGGAGGAGAAAGAAAUUGGGUUCAAGUAAUUUGCAAUGGAGGGGUUGCUUCUGAACUAGCUCUUCUUUUGAUGAUAGAAUGUGGUGUGGGAGAGAAACCUAUUAAUUUUGAUAAAGACUUCAGAUGCUCCUGGCUUACUGUUUCUGUUAUUUCGGCUCUUUGUGGAGCAAAUGGUGACACUUGGGCUUCAGAGCUUGGUCCAGUCUUUUCAAGAGCUGACCCAAUAUUAAUUACAAACUUGAGAAAAGUUCCCAAAGGAACAAAUGGUGGAGUGUCAGUACCUGGUCUUCUGUUUAGUGCCUUUGGUGGGACACUAAUUGGAACAUCUUAUUACGUAUCACACCUUAUUUUUCACAAUGAAGAGCAUCUCUUUAGCAGUACACCACAAUGGCCAGUUAUCAUCAUAGCUACGUUUGCUGGUUUCUUUGGGUCAUUUGUGGAUUCACUUCUGGGGGCAACUAUACAGUUUUCAGGUAUAAAUAAAAGAACUGGAAAAAUUGUAGGAGCCAGGGGAGUUGGAAUUAAACACAUCAGUGGGAUUGGACUUUUAGACAACCAUGCUGUCAACCUUGUAUCUACACUUCUCACAGCUCUUCUUAUGCCUGAGGUAGCUGCUACCACCUGGCCUGUGUUUCAAUGAGUUAUUCAGAACCAGAUUUUUGUCACUAUCUUUCACAUAAUAGAAUUAUCUUGAAUCUUAACUUCUUUUUUUUCUUUUGAAACACUAUCUACUUUCCUUUCUGAAUAUUUCAGCCAAUUAAUGUUAGCUGUAUGUAUAUCAAUCCUUUAGGAAUAAUAUAUUUCCUAUUUUAGAAAGCUUUAGUUUAUGUUUGAAAAUUCCUCUGUAUACCUCAGAUGUUGAGAAAGUUUCUGAUUGCUACACUUGUCAUAUGUACAUCAUUUUCUUAAGGUCAUAGUGAUUGGCAUUUUGUUUUUGUCUGUCAAAAACCUUUGAACUUAGUGUGUAUAUAUGUAGUCUACAUGUUCACUGGAAUAAUACUCAUCUUUUGCAAGUAUUACUAUGUGGUUUUAAAACAUUAGCUAUUUUAAUAUGCUAUAAAUUGUGAGACUGGAAAAAGUAUAGCAAUUUUAAAAGAUCUUACAGAUCUAUAAUAUGUAUCAAACUGGCAGAAACAUGAAUAUUUGAAUGUAUUUGUAUGUCUGUGACAUAUAAGUGGAAGAGAAUGGUUUUAAUAAUUUGAGUUCAUUUGAUUAAUUUAGGUUCGUUGUGGAAUAAAAUAAUGGUUAUUCCUAAAAAUUACAGCCAGUUUUCAUUUACAUUGUGAGGAAAUGGAAAAAGAGUAAAAAAAUAAAUAUCUCUAAACAUAGCCUUAAAUAGUAGUGAGGGUUCUAUUACUUUCAGAAAAAUAAUAUCAUUAUGAUAAUGAAGAAGAAACAUAGGGUGAGUUAAAAUUUAACUCAGUAUUUGUAUGAUAACUUGUUAGUUUCAGCAUCAAACAUUUGAAAAUAAAAAACAAACAAACAAUUAAUGAUGGUGAUGUAUCCUUAUAAGUGUAAAUUGUUUGAUUAUAUCCAAGUGUCGGUAAUGACUAAUAUUGUCUAUGAUCAUGCAUUCUCCGUAGAAACCUAUUUUGCAGCUUAGAGAGUUUGGGAUUGGGAAUAAUAAUCGCCAUCUGACUGCUGUUAGAGUUACAACUUUCUUUUUAUACUUUUGUCUCUGCAGCUUAUCUCUAAAUCGAAAUGUUUGUGUUUUAUAGACCUUAAGACAGUAUUUUCUUUCAACUCUUCAACUUGCAUGUAAUAAAAGUCUUAGUUUAGAAAUAAAUUCUCGGCCAGAUAAUUGCUAUAACUAAAAUGUUUAUUUACUUAAAUAAGUUUAGUAAACUUUUUUUACUUCAUUCAAUUAAAAUGUUUUUUAUUUUAUGUUAUUUCAAACAGUUAUAAGUGUUUUAUUCCAGAUAGUGUUCUAUAAAUGUUUAUGAGAUAAUGUUCGCAUUAUGUAUUUGAAGGCUGUGCCUUCAUUAAUGAUAUGAUGUAACUGUUAUAUGUAUAUAGGUUAGCAGCUAACUGGAAUAUUAGUGAUAUAUGUACACUGAUAUAAAUGACAUACCAUAUCCCAUUUCAUUCUGUAUUUAUUAUCAUGUGGUUUAUCACACCAGUGAAGUUAUUUUGCAGCACAUUUUUGAAUUUUAGUCAACUGUAUUUUUUCAAACAGUUCACCAAUACCCAUAAAAACUGAUUCAUCGGUAUGUUUUGAGGAUUAUGUUUCUUCCUGUAUUCUUUCUGGGAUUUUUUAUGGGCCUUAAGAAAACAUUGCUGGGUUUGUGCUGAGUGCUUUUUCAGAUAUGGAGUGGAUGAAGGAAAGUAGUGUUUGUUGUACAACGAAGGUAGUACAAAUUGCAAGAUAGAGCUCUAACUGUGUUCACAUCUGACUGGUUAUUAAAAUGAUAUAUGGAUCCAAUUUUGCCAAGUUUUUUUUAAUAAUAGGUUCCAGAUGCAGCUGAAAAUUAGAAAUGACAAAGUUGGAGCAAAGACAAUGAGGAGUAAGGUUGGAUUCUCUGGAACAAUAACUAGUUGAUAGUUAGUUAACUGUUUAUAUUGGAAUCUAUUAAUGAUUUCAAAAUUGAGAAGCAAGUCUUCUGGUUGAAUUUAUGUAAUUUUAAUUUAAAAUAUUGUGGAGUUCAUUACAGCUUGAAAAUUACUAGUACAUCCAAAACACCUUAGGAUAGGAACAAGGUAUCAGGUUAGUUAAUAGCAAGGUAAAUUUACUGUAUUACAUAGGAACAUUGUACUUAUGGUCCUUUGGUAGUACAUAUGGUUCAGGAGGUCUGAAACUGUGAACCAGAUGGUGGCAGAACUUUUUUGAUCCUAUAAUUUGUUAUAGUUGUUCCUUCCACUCUGUUUUAAUUACCACUGAAAGAAAAAUCUAGCUCUUCUGUGAAUCAGAAGGCCCAAGGUUUGAGACGAUGUUGCCAUUUAACAAACCCAGCACUUUCAGCUCUGGAUAUAUUAUAAAAGUGACAGUCAACCUAUUAUUCAGUUCUGGGAGUGAGACAGAUCCUUUUUUGACAGAGGUGUUGCUGACUGACUGCCUUCCAUCUGGUCAGCAGCUCAAACCUGGGAUGGUUAAACUUGACUGCUUCGACUAUGUGCACCUAAGGUGAUGUUCACCUUGAAAGUACUAAUAUAAGCGCUUUAAGAACUUAUUACUAAAUGAUGCUGAAAAAACUUUAAAGGUUGAAGAAGUGAUUACAAUUUUAUAGAAAAGUGUUGGUGGGUCAGCAAGGACAGUGCAACAGCAGAUAUAUUAUUUUCACAACGAUUUGAUCUUUUGUAGGUUCUGUGUAGAAAAUGUGCUACAGUAGUAGCCCACUUAAAAAAAUAGAACAGGCAGACAACAUAGUUUACUUCGUUUCCUUCACCAAAGAGAAAGUUAACAAACAAAUCAAGAAUGUACUUUUUUUUUCAAUCAAAAUAUUAAUUAUGAAUUAAUCCUUACGAUAAACAUGGUGUAUUAAAGUGGAAAAAACAAAAAUGUGUUCAAAAUCACAAGGUUCAAAAUAGGUGGUGGAAAGAAAAUUUGUUUACAGAAAAAUAUUGUGUACAUUCUUCUUCUAGACAGCCUACCAUGUGUGAACUGUAACUACCUUGAAGAUUUAAUGCAUUUAAACCUGAAAUCAGUGUUGCACUCUCGUAUGUAGUAUAAUCUAAAAUUCCUUCUGACAUAUGCUGAAACAAAAUUAUUUCCAUUCUGGAUAAUUAAAGAUUUUUAAUUUGAAUAUAUGUUCUAAUAUAUUUAGAUCAGUUUUAUAUUUUCUUUUUUUAAUUUUGUAAUCAUUGAAUUGUUCAAGGAUUUUGCUUGACUUCUUGUUUGUAAUGUUGAGUAGACACUGAUUUACUGUGAGGUGGAAAUCUCUGUUCAUUCACUUUUUUGUUUUUUGAGUAACAGCUGUGACAAUUCUACUGAAUAUAAGAUUUGAACAGCAGUUAUCCUACAAAAUUACAGUGUAUGUUCUAAACAGUGAUUUAAGUUUUCAUGAGUAAAAGAUUAAAUAAAUGAUUUGCCAGAAGAUUCCUGUUUUCAAUGUGCAACUAUGAAUUUCUUAAUCAUGAUAUGAUUGUGAUGAUUUUGUUCAGUUUCCCUUCAUUUAAUUAUUUGAGCAUAUAAAUUAUCAGUAAUGCAGUGCUAUUUAAAUAUAUUUAGAAACUGUUAAUUUUUCCAACCAUUACUUGAAACUUGCUAAUCAAAAGUAAUAUUUUACUGGUUUUCUUAUAGAGGAUAUCUCAUACUUAUUAAUCAAACACAGUACACCUCAGUUUUUCUUUUUUUAAUAUAUCAUUGUUCUAAAAUAUGCUAUGUUUCCUUAUGUGAUAAAAGGCUAAUUACUUAGUCCUAAGAACUUAGGUAAUUCAAUUGAAGCUCAGUUUUUUAUAACAUGACAUUAAGUAAGGUGUUAAGGAGUUGCUACACAGGUAGAAUAUGUAAUAUUUUAUGUGAAUAAUAGUUUGUUUGUUAGUUUAUUUAAGAAGAAAAUGUAUGAAUUAAAAUGUUAUAAAGAUAGUUCUGAGUAAUAAAAUGGUUAUAUUUCAAGCUGGUAGACAGUCAUUUGAUAAUGCUUUGUUAAUAAAUAUGUUUUUGUUUGUUACACUGGAACUAUCCAUUUUGAUUCACAUAAUAAUUUAUCACACCAAUAAUUGUUAACAAAUGUAAGACAA